AAAAUGCGUUGUUGUGCGGUUUGUCCCUCAUGGGUUUGCGUACUCUCGCCUCCUAGCCGCUGACGGUCGGCUUGUGCGCAGCAGGAGCCGCAGAGAGAGGCGAUGGCAGGCGUUCAACCUCAGGACGACCUGCUGAAGAUGACCCACAGGGAGAACUGGAGGAUGCAGCAUGAGCGGCUGCACAUAAAGCACCGGGGGCAUGAAGCCAUGCAUGCUGAGAUGGUGCUGAUCCUCAUCGCCACGCUGGUGGUGGCUCAGAUAGUCCUGGUCCAGUGGAAGCAGAGGCAUCACCGCUCCUACAACCUGGUGACUCUGGUCCAGAUGUGGGUGGUCCCGCUCUACUUCACCAUCAAGCUCUACUGGUGGAGGUUUCUGUCCAUGUGGGGGAUGUUCUCCGUCAUCACCAGCUACAUCAUCUUCAGAGCCACCCGCAAGCCGCUGUCCUGCAGGACACCCAGGAUGGUCUACAAGUGGUUCCUGUUGAUCUACAAGCUGAGUUACGCUGUGGGAGUCCUGGGCUACCUGGCCAUCAUGUUCACCAUGUUUGGCUUCAACGUCUUCUUCAGGAUCAAGGCAGAGGACUCCAUGGACAUCGGUGUCAUCAUGCUAUUUUAUGGUCUUUACUACGGCGUCAUGGGCCGAGACUUUGCAGAAAUCUGCUCCGACUACAUGGCUUCGACGAUCGGGUACUACAACAAGGGGGGCAUUCCCAGCAGGAGCCUGAGCGGAGACAUCUGUGCGGUGUGCGGUCAGAGGAUCCUGGUGGAGGUGGAGGAGGAGGGACUUAUAGAAGACACCUUCCAGCUUUCCUGUGGUCACAUAUUCCACGAGUUCUGCAUCCGGGGCUGGUGCAUUGUGGGAAAGAAGCAGACAUGUCCGUACUGCAACGAGAAGGUCGACCUGAAGAGGAUGAUGAACAACCCCUGGGAGAAAACUCACGUUUUGUACGGCCAGCUGCUCGACUGGCUGCGAUAUUUAGUCGCUUGGCAACCCAUCAUCAUCGGCGUCGUUCAUGGAAUAAACUUCUCUCUGGGCCUCGAGUAGAGCCCUGAGGAACGCCGCUACAGGAUCGUCUGGAGUCAGCUGUUAAAGGCAGCGCUAAAAAAAGGACUGCUUCGUACCGCGGUUUCAAACUCUUGCUGAAUUUCCUGCAGAAUGACUUCUUUUGGACUGAGGACGCUGCAAACUCAAACCACCGCCAGCAUAAAGGACACUUCAGGCAUUAAUCCAGUAUUUUUAAGCUGUUUCUUCCAUGCAGCUUUUGUUAAAAUGAAAAAUUAAUUCACCUUUUAUUAUUUAUCAAAGCCAGGUUUUAUUUGCACACUCCUUCCUGCUGGAUUAAUUGACUCCAGUAACGGGUUUCUGCUUUAUUUAUCUAAAGCUCUUCUUUGCAAAGUGUUUACAUAAGGAUAACUGUCCAAAUGGCUCCGAUGACUCCUAAAAGCUGUUAAUAUUUUCAGGUAUGCUGGUUUUAAAAUUUACCUUUGGAACAUUGUUCUUCAUCUGAGUUUAUUUCCGAGGUAAUUUAUUAUUUGCUGGUCCUAAACCAUCAGCUCAGAGCAUCAGUACUUCUCAGAAAAAUGUAACGGUUUCAAACUGUCAAAGAGUCGUGAAAGAAACAGGUUUGUCAAAUCAAACGUUUAACUGCCACUUUGUAUUUAAUAAAGAAUUAUGAAACAUU